AUGGACUUUGAUUACUUUCAGACAAUUUCUCUUGAGGAAUCUAGCCAUUAUAGUACAUUCGAAAUCAAAAAAGCUUUUGAUUUUAAUUUCGAUCCAUCUGAGUAUUGGGUUGCAAACACAUAUAAUGGAUAUUUUAAAAUUUGCUUCCCUUUCCAUUAUCUUUCAAUCGAAUCUUUUGAAAUCACCACAUCAAGCAAAGAUUGCCGUCCAGUUAAGAUUGCAGCCGAAGCUAGUGCAAAUGGUAUAGAUUACAGAGGACGCCAAGAGUAUGAGCCUCGUAUGGAAAAAGGCACUACAAAGCAAUUUUUAUUUAAUUACAAUACAAGCUUAAUUAAAUGCUUUAAAUUUUAUUCUAUUCAAUCUACAUGUCAGGAUAUGGGAGGUGAUAUAAAUCAAUUCGAGUUCUUCGGAUACCUUUAUGAUAUUAAUGCGACAAUGAAACAUUUUGGAUGCUACAAAGCAAUGCAUUUAUCUUGUAAUUUCCAUUAUAGUUUCGGGUCAAUAGGACUAUUUCUUAUUUUUUCAAUUUUGUAA